GGCUUAACUCCCUCUUCUCGGUUAGCCAUGUAGCUAUACCAUAUCCGUAAAUACUUUACCCUAAUCGAGAAUAAUGAUGAGCAAGAAUCUGAUGUACAUCCAUGGCAGUAAAUUGCCAGCUAUUGACAUUUCUUACGAAGGACGCGUUUAUUAAUCACAGAAAACGUUUACAAUUAAAGAUAAACAGAUGACAGCAACAGGCGUGUAACUCCCAUAAUAUCAACUUGCUUGAGAUGGCAGCGCGUCCAAUCUCUUAUGACAGCCAAUCUAGCGACUCAGAAAAUUGGGAUCAAAGGACAACUUGUAGGCCCAGGAGAAUGUGCAGACACCCAAGCGGCCAGCCGCCGGGAGCUCAGCUGGAAGGCGAAUUAGCGACAAUGAGCCUUCACGGAGCCAGCGGAGGACCCCCGGAACACCACAGGGAGAGACGGCGGUCCGGAGAUCGGUCCAGGGACUCUUCACAUGAGAGGGGUGAAGGACAGCUCACCCCGUGUAUCAGAAAUGUGACUUCACCCAUACGCCAGCAUCUUAGCAAUCGUGAACGGGAUUCUGGCUGCUCAUCGCGCUCCACUAGUCCCAGACCUCACAAAGUGUGCACCUCCAGUCUGCUAUACAGCGACUCGCACAGUAAAGCCCACAGCUCGUCUGACAUGAUCUACGUCUACGAAAACACCAAGGAGGGCACUCGCAGUUUGAGGACUGCCGAAAGAGUAACUUUAAUCGUGGAUAACACGCGUUUUGUCGUCGACCCGUCCAUCUUCACUGCCCAACCCAACACCAUGCUUGGCAGGAUGUUUGGCUCUGGAAGGGAAUACAACUUCACGCGGCCUAAUGAAAAGGGCGAGUAUGAGGUUGCAGAGGGAAUCAGCUCCACUGUGUUCAGAGCCGUUUUGGAUUACUACAAAUCAGGGAUAAUCCGCUGCCCCGAUGGGAUAUCCAUACCGGAGCUGAGAGAAGCAUGUGACUACCUUUGCAUCGCUUUCGACUAUAGCACCGUCAAGUGCAGAGACCUCAGUGCACUGAUGCACGAGCUGUCUAAUGAUGGCGCCCGGCAGCAGUUCGAGUUCUAUCUGGAGGAGAUGGUCAUGCCUCUGAUGGUGGCCAGCGCUCAGAGCGGCGAGAGGGAGUGUCACGUGGUGGUUCUGACGGACGACGACGUGGUCGACUGGGAUGAAGAGUAUCCGCCGCAGAUGGGAGAGGAAUACGCACAGAUUAUAUACAGCACAAAACUAUACCGGUUCUUCAAAUACAUUGAAAACCGAGACGUUGCCAAGUCGGUUCUGAAGGAGAGAGGUCUGAAGAAAAUCAGAUUAGGCAUCGAAGGAUAUCCCACCUACAAAGAAAAAAUUAAGAAACGACCCGGCGGACGUCCAGAGGUCAUAUACAACUACGUCCAGAGGCCCUUCAUCCGCAUGUCCUGGGAGAAAGAGGAAGGCAAAAGCCGACACGUUGACUUUCAGUGCGUGAAGAGCAAGUCCAUCACCAACCUUGCGGCAUGCGCUGCCGACAUUCCCCAGGACCAGCUGGUGGUCAUGCACCCCGGGCCUCAGGUGGACGAACUGGACAUUCUACCCAACCCCCAGCCCAGCCACCAGUACGACCCGGAAUCGGAUGCCUCGUCGCCGGCCAUCUGACCCCGCCCCCUCAGUACACCACUUGCCACUCCAGCACUGCAGAGGCAGGUCAGCCACGUUUCGGUGCCAAGACCGCAUUGCCUUUCUUUAAGUCCUCUCCCGCCUUACGAGUCUCAAAGACUGAUCGCUACAUCAGCACAAAUGUGAAACGCCCUUUGUACACUAUUAGCUUUCUUCUACCCUGUAGAAUGCAAGCAAAGGAGUUUUUUAUUUGAUUAGACAGCUUAGGUGAAUCUAAGAAACUCUGUCGGUAAUCACUCCUUUGAGCAGUGUCUGAAGAGUUUGUGUGUGUGGGGUGCUGUAAGGCUAACGCUUUUAAACUUGGCAAUAAAAAUGAGCACAAUCCACUCGCCUUGUUUGCACUGCAAGGACAGAACGUGAUGCCUAGAACGGCCCCGUUAGAAGAAACAAUGCAGAUGUUGCAAAUGUUCUGGAGCCUUCUAGUUGCGUUGUGCGUUCCACCCGAGGGCGGCGUAACGGAGCACCUGUGUAGCACCACUGUGAUGCAUGGAGGGUGAAUGAGUUCAACUACUGAAGUGAUGUCACAUAUUUUUAUUGUACAUUUCAUUUUAAUGUUUUUUGUAGCCACAGUCGGGUGCUGCAAGAGACGAAGAGAUAAUCCUCUUGUGUAUCGCUUUAGAAAUUUUCUUUUAAUAAACAUGUUUAAAUCAG